AGCUUUUAUGGCUGUGUCUUCAAAAGUCGUUCCUAGAUACUUGAUCUUUCAGGAACCAGAACAAGACCAUCCAAGAUAGAAGAUACUGUCUGUGAUGUGAUGCUAGAUGAUGCAAAACUGCUCAUGACUGAGAUGGAUUCUAAAAGUUCAAGUGAGUCUAUCGAAGAAGAGAGAAUGAGCAGACCAGAGGUACCAGUACCAGAGGAGGUAAUUUCUACUAAGAUUCAGAAACCACAAGAGAUACAUGACAAGGCUCAACAAUCAAGAGAAACUGAUUCAUUAAUGAAUAGUAGAGGUGCCUCCAGCGAGGAGGAUGCCACAAACACUUGUGUUACCCUGAAAAUUAUGUCUGAAGAUGAGAAAAUCCUCUCUGAAAUCCAAGAGGAGAAACAAAACCUGGAACAAUUAAAAGUAUCUAUGGACAAAUACUUCCCAACUUCACUAGAUGUGGAUGAUAUCCAAGAACCUUCAAAGGAAGACAAAGAUGAUUUUAGAGAAGACUCUGGAAAAGACAAAGAUUAUUUCAUACCACUAGGUUCUCUGCCAAGCAGCCUCCAGCCACAGGCAUACGAGAGUGCUAUGGAAGUUAUCAGAAAUGCCAAAGACAACAUCAGAAAACUCUUGUACCAGCUUUCUAAAGCAAUUGAAUUGACCUACCAAAGCAAGCAAGAUUCUGAAGAUCAGAAGAAUUAUCACAAGGCACUAUUUGAGUUGUGGAUUAAAUGGAGUAAGAGCCAGUUUGAAGAUACAGAUGAUGAUGAUGAUGAUAAUAUACAGCUCCUGGAAAUCCGGACUCUAGGCAUGUCCCGUAGCAUUGCCCUGAAAUUACAGUCAGCCUUCAUGGACCUAAUGCCUAAAGUCCAAGGUUUCCCAACCAGCCUACAAGAUAAGAUGGAACAGGCUUGUUAUGAUAUGCAGCAACUUCAUACCAGUUUUUCCUUAAGUAAUAAGUUUGAAGAUCUAGACAAACUUCAUCUGACUCAGAGCCAACGGAAGCUUAUCCAAGUCCAGGAAAGUUUAGAAGAAUUGGUUUGCUUCUUAGAGAAAUGAUAUUUCUUCUGAUAGGAAUGUAAGACCACUUUCUCCCUCUCAGUAUCCCUUAUCAAGUACUAACAUUUCCUAAAUAAAAAAAAAAAAAAAUCUUGAAUUGAUAGGCACUCAGGCUGAUGCUUGCCAGGAAUCCAUAAAUAAUCUUGUGCUAGCUUAUAAUUAAUAAAUAUACUCUUAUACUUUGGGGAUUGUGCAAAUAAAGUUGCAUUGAAAAAUCA